AUGUUCGCCGCUCGUCAGGCUUCUAGCUCGGCCUCGGCCACUCGCCGUGCUCUCUCCACAUCAGCAGUCGCUCGUGCGGCUAACGGCUUCUUCCAGCGACCAGCCAACGCUCCCACUUUGUCCAACUCACCCACCGUGCCUCAGCCCAAGCCUGUUCGACCUGUCGCUCAGCCCCAUACACCAGCCCAUGUCCCUGCUGAACAGUCGCCCAACUUCCCAACAACAUGGUCAGAGUCUCAAAACCCUCGCCAGAACGCGAUGAAAGGCCCUCGUUUCGAGCAGCUCGACAUGCGUUUCCAGCCCCAACCACUUGCUGCCAUCGAGAUGAUCCAGAGAGAGCCCAUCCGUCUCUCCAGCAAGCGUAUUGCAGCAUGCGAUGGUGAUGGAGGACCUCUUGGACACCCUAGGGUCUUCAUCAACCUCGACAAGCCAGGAGCUAAGCCCUGCCCAUACUGUGGUAUCCGAUUCGAGCUCGACCAUUCCGCCCACCACUAA